AUGAACGUGUAUCGACAGACAUGGAAAGUGUCUAAGGAAAAUUUAAAAGUUAUAGAAACAAAACAGUCCAAGGGACGCGCAGUAAGUGAUAAUUUGAGCAACAAAAGGCGCUGCCUCGAUUCCUAUGCUUUGGUCGGGACAACAAAAGCAGAGUUUAUGUGUUUCAAGCAGCAGAAACGCAUUCCAUGGAGCAAAAUUCAGCUGAAAUUUUUGUACGAGUUGAAAUCGCUCAAUCACGAUAACUUGACGAACUUCAUCGGCAUCUGUUACAAUGACCUGGAUCGAUUCUACGUACUUCACACACUGAUAGAGCGUGCCUCACUUGAAGAUUUCAUUUUCGACCACGAUUUUAACAUGGACAACACAUUCAAAUGCGCUUUCAUCAAAGACAUUCUUAAGGGGCUACAAUAUCUUCAUAAGUCCCCGAUUGGUUACCACGGAAUGCUAUCGCUGAAAACAUGUCUGAUCGAUGCUAACUGGGUUCUGAAAAUGACACAUUUUGGGAUAUCAACGAUGCUUAACGAACUCAUCGAGCAAGAUUAUCUACGUGCUUUGGAGUUGAUCCCGCAGCAGUGUAUGAUAGACUUUUCAUUCAUUAUUCUAAGCCUUUUACACUAUCUAUGGAUACUAUAUGUCACGGUCUAG